AUGAACGAUCGUUCGACUCUGCUCCGACCGCCCCCUGAAGACCCCAAGAAGGCACAGAUUGAAAAUGCGUUGGAGGUAACCGAGCUGGCCGUUUUGGGUCCUGAAACAUCUUCACCAACACGCGCCAGCCAUGGCAACCCGCCCGGCGCGCGCGGCAUCUACGGCGGCGCCGUGAUCGCCCAUGUUGCCCUGGCCGCGGGCGCAGCGGGACCCGUGGGCCCCCCGACUUUCCUGGGUCCCACUCGUGCCCACUGCUACAUUCCCAUGCUGGGCGAGGCGACCUCCGAGCUGCCUAUCCUCUUCCACGUCGAGCAGGUGCGCGACGGCCGCUCCUUCGCCACCCGCACCGUCCAGGCCCGCCAGCGCGGCCGCUGCAUCUUCACCACCACCAUCUCCUUCGUGCGCGACACGUCCGGCGGCAGCACGAGCAGUGAGGAGGAGGGCGGGGAGGGGCCCAAGGCGGCGACGCCUCAGAAGAAGAAGCAGAUCGCCGAGGUCAGCCACGCCAGCGCGAUUCCGCGCGGCCCCGACGGGCAGCCGCUGCGGCCGCCGCCGGACGACUACGCGGGGGAGCCGGAGCUGAUUUCGCAGGGCCCGUUCCAGGGGGCGCGGAUCGAGGUGGUGGACGCCGGGGGCGCGGACAAGCCCGGGGAGAAGGUGACGCGGCAGUGGGUGCGGGCGCGCGGCAAGAUCGCAGGCGGGCAGGCGGCGCAGCUCGAGGCGCUCGCCUACGUGUCCGACAGCUACUUCAUCGGCACCAUCACGCGCAUCCACAAGCUGUGGCGUUUUCCCUUCAAGGCCGAGGACUACGACCAGCUGCCCGAGGACUUGAAGCUGAAGGUCAAGACGCUGCACCAGUGGGAGGGUAUGGGCGAGGACCCGCGCGAGAUGGUGGGCCGGCCGACCAUCGGCAUGAUGGUCAGCCUCGACCAUACCAUCUACUUCCACGAGCCGACCAAGGUGCGCGCCGACGACUGGAUGCUCACCGAGAUGCAGAGUCCGUGGGCGGGGGAUGGAAGGGGCGUGGUCAUGCAGAAGAUCUUUAGCAAAGACGGGACGUUGCUGGCGACCUGUGUGCAGGAGGGCCUCGUUCGACUUCAGCAGCCGGCGCCCGAGGGCAAGGAGUCGAAGCUUUAA